UGUGACAGUUCUGAGAGUGAACACUGGUUACAGUGGUCUGUGGUUGCAGGAGUCUCGAGUGAGCUGGGAGCGACGGUGUUAGAGAUGCCGUACAAGGGGAAGGCGGCGUCCAUGUUGGUGUUGCUGCCUCACAACACCCCCGGCGGCGCCCCUCGCAGGACCUCCACGCCCCUGGCCGCCCCUGGCAACUCCGCCACGCCAUUGGACGCCAUGCUGCGGCGCCUCUCCCACGACACCCUCCGCCACGCCCUCACCAACCUGAGAGAGGAGAAAGUACAUCUUCACUUCCCAAGGUUCAAACUGGAGCAGACAAUCACUGAGGAACUUAAGGCGGUGAGUAGUCAGGAUGUUUUACUUGCAUCUCUAUAUAAAUGUUGUCAGUGUUAAGGUAAACAUUUAUGGAAUGUGAGUGUGAGUGUGACACAGACAAGGAGAUGACACAUUGUUUUUAGCAACGCAGACUCCUGAGGCGAUAGUACUUUAAGUAACGUUUUGGUCGAGAGAACUAAAGACCACCAUUACACCAGGCUGUCUACUAUUAAUUUAAGGAGUAAAUAACAAAUAUAAAU